AUGUCCUGCUCUGUGGUGCCCAUGAAUGUCCUGGCCGCUGCUCUGAAGAGUAUUAACAAUGCCAAAAAGAGAGGCAAACACCAGGUUCUUAUUAGGCCGUGCUCCAAAGUCAUCGUCCGGUUUCUAACUGUGAUGAGGAAGCAUGGUGACAUUGGUGACGUUGAAAUAACUGAUGACCACAGAGCUGAGGAAAUUGUUGUGAACUUCACAGGCAGUUUGAACAUGCGUGGAGUAAUCAGCCCCAGAUUUGAUGUGCAACUCCAAGGUCUAGAAAAAUGGCAGGACAACCUGCUUCCAACCCGUCAGUUUGGUUUCAUUGUCCUGACAAUCUCAACGGGCAUCAUGGACCAUGAAGAAGCAAAAUGA